GCGCGCGUGUCUGUUAGGUUCCACGCGUUUAUUUUCAGCCUGUGGAUCGGCUCGCUCUUUUCUCUUUCUGGGAUUCUUGGGACUCAUAUUUGGAAAUAUCGAUACUUCUGUGCAGUUAUGUGAGAUCAACGCGACGCAAACGUUUGGGUGACGCGGCGUUUCGGAGUUUGUGGUGACGUGACAUGGUGCUGCGUGAUCUGUGGGCUUUUCCACACGCACAGCCAGGCUAGUGCUAGUGCAGCUAACACCUGAACCCGAGCCCUGUGCCCGCUCUGUGCCCGCUGUGCCCGUCACACCGGAGACUCGGGGACGUCUUUAUUCACAAGACCCUACGUUCUUCUGACAUGGCAGCCAGUGGCUACUCCGACCUGCGAGAGAAGCUCAAGUCCAUGACCCCACACCGCGACGAGCACAAGAACAAGAGCGCGGAGCGGAGCAGCGACAGCGGCGCACGCAGAGGCCGCAAACGCAAACACCGCCACUCUGACUCCGACGACUACGACCACAGCGAUGACAGCAGUGAGAGCCGGGAGCAAGAGGCCCGCCGCGUCCACAGCAGCGUCCAACAGAGGAGCAUCUUCAGCCCCGAGGAGUGCCGGCACAUAGAGGACAAGAUUGAUGAGGUGGUAGCUAACGCGGAGGCGGGCUUGUACCGGGAGCACACUGUGGACAGGGCACCUCUACGUAACAAGUACUUCUUCGGGGAGGGCUACACAUACGGGGCCCAGCUGGAGAAGCGCGGCCCGGGACAGGAGCGGCUCUACCAGAAAGGCCAGGUGGACGACAUCCCUCAGUGGGUGCACGAGCUGGUCAUCAAGAGGCUGGUGUCGUCGGGGGUGAUCCCAGAGGGCUUCGUCAACAGCGCGGUCAUCAACGACUACCAGCCGGGCGGGUGCAUCGUGUCGCACGUGGACCCCCUGCACAUUUUUGCCCGGCCCAUCGUCUCCGUGUCCUUCUUCAGCGACAGCGCUCUGUGCUUCGGCUGCCGCUUCCAGUUCAAGCCCAUCCGUGUGUCUGAGCCAGUGUACGUGCUGCCGGUGCGGAGAGGCAGCGUCACAGUGCUCAGUGGGUACGCAGCAGAUGACAUCACUCACUGUAUUCGACCUCAGGACAUCAAGCAGCGUCGCGCCGUCAUCAUCCUGAGAAAGACCAGACCAGACGCUCCUCGGCUGGACUCGGACAAUUCUCCUCCUGAGAGACCUGUGCCGCUCAAAGCCAAGCGCUCCCACCGCAGAGCCGACCCGGACGCUGCCCACAGACCCAGAGUUCUAGAGAUGGACAAGGAAGAGAACCGACGACCGUCCCAGUGGCGCCCCCUGCGGCACAGCUCCGAAAACUACAGGAGGAGCAGCCACGACUCAGACAAACGCAGAGAGAGCCCCAGGCGUAAAGUCAAGAUCAGGCGUCACUGAACUCUCCUGUCCUCCAUGUACACUUAUAAAUAUAUCCUCUCUCCUUUUACAAGAUGGAGCUUUUGUUUUGUCACAAAGCUGAAUAUAAGUUGUAUAUUUAGUUAGCCCAAAAUAACUUCAUUUAAGCUGCAUAUGCUUAAAAGUCCUAUAAAUUGUAUUUUUUGUAUCCAGAUGUACAGAUAGGCUAAAAAAUUGGUUGUACAUAGAUAAUGUACUGCAGACUAACUUGUACAGAGUUGUAUAGUGUUGAAUUGAGGCGUGAAUGCAGUGGGCUCUUCCCUUUACUGUGCCGUGGCUGCACUGACCUGAAGUCUUCUGGACUGUGAAGACACUACAGAGGCGAGCAUUUUCAUUUGUGGACAGCUUUAUUUCAUACUAAGUGGCCUAAACGCAUGAGACACUAGCCGUUUGGUAAUAAACCCAAAACUGAAGUAUUA